GAAAUUCGUGGCGAGGAGCCAAUGGAGAUAUCCGUCCGUUCCAUGCAUGCGCUACGUAUAUCAAAAGAACUCCAAAGCCGUCAUUACACGAAGACUUUAUCGGACUGCAACGAAAGUCUUCCGCCCGAAGACUUGUACUCUGAUCGAUCAAGGGUCAGCCACUGCAUGCCGCUACGUAUAUCAAAAGAAAUCCAAAGCCGUCAUUACACGAAGACUUUAUCGGACUGCAACGAAAGUCUUCCGCCCGAAGACUUGUCAUAUGAUCGAUCAAGGGUCAGCCAGCGAGCGAGGGAGCGAGCCGUCAGACUCACAGCCCGAGAUCUGAGAUAGUAUACAAAGACGCCAAACACCUCUCCACAACGGAGUCAGUUCAGGAACAAAAAUCGUCAACUUUAAUAUUCCCCCUUCAGCUUGGCUUUCUUCGUGCACUCGGGCACUGAGCUUUAGCUCCAAGUUCCCGCCGUGGGCCUUGUCGAGUUAUCAAGUCUCAGAGUCAGUCACAACGAUAGUGGCAGGACGAUCAGAUCUGACACCAUGCAGACCAAGCUGUUCAUCGUCUUCUCCUUGGCCGUGCUGUUGUCGUCUCUCUCCAUCGUGUCUGCAUAUGAAGUGACGGCGUGGUCGGGGAGGGUAUGUAGUGGCGUCGAGCUCGGAUUUCUAGCAGACGACAACAACACGCCCGGGCUUAGCGCCGUGGAAGUGACCAUAAACGGGCAAUGUAUCACCAUAGACCGAGAUCUCCCCGCGGACUGCGACGUCUACCUCUGCGCUGAUCAAGCCUGCAAUGAUCAGGGAGUCACCGUCGACGGACCUAGGGAAGCCGGACAGAGAGUAGAAGGGCAGAGCUUUUCGGCCAUUCAAGUUGGGUGCCAGUGAAGUAGGCGAGGGCUCUGAUUCGCUGAUUACUAUUAAAAAGCUUCUUCAGUGUCGAUGCGUGUAGAAGUUGGGAGACAGUUUGCAACAUAAUUUCCAGAAGUCAGAUACUCAUUGUUGCUCCUCUUUGGACGGCUCAAAGAAGGUGGACUUCAGCGAACUGUAGUGGCGCUUGUGUGCCGUAGUUUGUCACAGCUUUCAUUGGUCGAUUAGAUCUUUCUUGGCUGGUGAUACUGCACAGACAUGCUACUGUAUGUGAACUUUAUAGACGAGGUUACUACUCUCGG